AGUUUCGCCUAUACCGACGGCGCCAUUUGUUUGGACGCGCUGUAAGUGUAGAAUCGUUUCACAUUAAAGCUCUUCGCUUCGGAGUAAAGUGAUUCAGGGGCUAUGCUCAGAGGAUGGUGCGACAGUGAGUUGAUUCCUACAAUCGGAGUUCUUGAGUAUCAUGCUGCGAGGAGCAAUUACAACUAUAUUACGAACCGAUAGCAACGUACGGCCGUCUCGUUUCAACAGUAUUCGAACGAGUCGUGUCUCAUUCUGCUGAAGAAAAGGUAUCGCGAAUAGGCUAGAAUGUCUUUAAGUGCCAGCGCGGAGAAUCUGUCGUCCGAGGGACAAAACAGCGAGAGGUGGAACAUGUGCCUGGAACUGGCGUUGGAGGGCGAACGCUUAUGCAAGGCAGGCGAUUGCAAAUCUGGAGUGGCAUUCUUCCAGGCGGCAAUCCAGGCUGGCACGGACGAUCUGCGGAUAUUAAGCGCAAUCUACAGCCAAUUGGGUAAUGCAUACUUCUACCUGGGUGACUAUGUCAAGGCGAUGCAGUAUCAUAAGUUGGAUCUGACUCUUGCCCGGAAUAUGGGCGACAAACUAGGCGAAGCUAAAUCCAGUGGAAAUUUGGGCAACACACUGAAAGUUAUGGGCAAGUUUGACGAAGCCAUGAUAUGCUGCAAGAGGCACCUGGAAAUCUCCAGAGAAAUUGGCGAUAAGCUUAGUGAAGGAAGAGCCCUAUACAAUUUAGGAAACGUAUAUCAUGCGAAAGGCAAGCAAGCAGGUAGAAUAGGUCAUCAGGAUCCAGGAGAAUUUUCUGAGGAUGUUCGACAGUGCUUGCAACAGGCUGUGCGCUAUUACGAAGAAAAUUUAGAGCUCAUGAGAGAACUAGAGGAUUCAGCAGCUCAAGGUAGAGCAUGUGGCAACUUGGGUAAUACAUUCUACUUGCUGGGCGAUUUUCAACAGGCCAUUUAUUAUCACAACGAACGUCUAAAAAUCGCCAGAGAAUUUGGUGAUAAACCAGCUGAGAGGAGAGCCAACAGCAAUUUAGGAAACUCGCAUAUAUUUCUAGGCGAGUUCGAAAAGGCUGCGCAGCAUUACAAGAGGACCUUAGUUCUUGCACAAGAGUUGGGAGAUCGUGAGGUAGAGGCGCAAGCAUGUUACUCUUUGGGAAACACGUAUACUCUCCUGCGCGAUUACUCGGCGGCUAUAGAAUAUCACUUAUGGCACUUGAGUAUAGCUCAGCAGCUAAAGGAUCGCGUCGGGGAAGGACGUGCCUGCUGGUCACUUGGCAACGCGUACGCCGCAAUGGGCAAUCAUGAAAAAGCUCUACACUACUCAAAUCUGCAUCUACACAUCUCAAAGGAGCUGGAAGAUCAUAUGGGUCAAGCAACCGCGCAGAUGAACGUCGAUGAUUUACAAAAAAUUCUUGGUCUAGAAAAGAAUCCGCAAGAGAGUAACAAGGAGAAUCUAAACACGCAAAAAUUAGCCACAAACGCGACGACAAAUGUUCCGACAACUAUGCCCUGUAGAUAUAGACUCAGACGACAAAGCAUGGACAAUCUCGAUCUCAUUAAGCUCACACCUGACGCAAAGCAGAAAGACAAAUCGGAAAUCGUGUUAGACAAAGACGACAAUGUUGAGUCGCAACUUUCUCAAAAGGAAGAAGAUAACUUCUUUGAUCUGCUGUCCCGGUUUCAAUCAGGCAGAAUGGACGAUCAGCGUUGCGCGCUCAACACGAAGCGCAACCCAAAGUAUCGAACACUCACGCCAGAAGUCUCAGAUAUGGAUGAUAAAGACGGUGAAGAUCUGCUAGAAUUAAUCGCUGGAAUGCAAAGCAAACGGAUGGACGAACAACGCGUGACAUUGCCUUAUCUGCCAGGACUGAAUACCAAUCAGGACUCGGAUGAUUCCUUCAUCGAGAUGCUCGUCAAAUGCCAGAGUUCACGUCUAGAGGACCAACGAAGUCCUUUACCGGCUGCAUCAACAUUGCAAGAUGCCGAGGAGGAAAGGGGCCGAAGAGCCAAUGGAAAAUCUCAUUCAGGUUCCACUGUGCCCGAGGAGGACCUUUUCGCUCUAAUCCAAAGACUUCAAGCUGGUCGCAUGGAGGAUCAAAGGGCUUCCGGACCCAAGGCAUGCUAAAUCCGCGAGAACAGACGGUGACUUAAGUCCUCACGAUACCUUCCGUUUGCUAAAUUUUUUUGCCUCACGUAUCCUUGAUUAUAUUGACGCCUUCGUUCACUCAUUGCCACAAUUCUACUUACUUCAUUACUUAAUAGAAAAGGUACUAUGUCUGAACGGUCUGAUUCCGAUUCGAAAAGGCAACGAGUCGAAUUAUCUUAAUGGUGAGAACCAAGCAUCGUGCCAGAACGCGUUUUUUUAGACGUUACCAGUGAAAGUCAACGAUACUUCGAAGUUUUAUCGCAUACUAGGUCUUCGCGUAAAAAUGAGAUAUAGGUCUCUCUUGACUAUAUAGGAUUGUUCAAAUUUCCAAACUCGCAUCUCAUUCCUGCGCGUACGCUUUUGCACUGACAAUUGGAGAAGACUGUCUUCAACAACUUUAUAUUGGGUUGUUCGUUUCAUGGAACUUUAAGAGCGUAGUGUAUUAAGAGCUUCUUUAGUUGAAUCAACUUAGCGAAAUACAGCUAGAUGAAUUCAAAGCUGUCACUAUACAGAAGAACUCUGAAAUAAUCAAUAGACGUGGAAUUAUAUUUCACCAUAAUAAUGCCAGUCCUCAUGUCUCAAUGUCCAUAUUGGACUUCGAAUGGGACGUUCUUUCUCAUCUUUCAUAUUCUACCGACUUUGCUCUAUCUGACUACUACCUAUUUCUCUUUAAAAAAUUUUUUUCUGGAGAAAAAAUACGAUUCUCUGGAAGCUCUUAAAAGAGAGCCUUCACGCCAAUUGAUUUUUCGUCAGUAAGAAACUUCUGUUUUGAAACAAAGGCAGCUACCUAAGAGAUGGGCCGAGAUCAUUGAACAAAGUGGUAAAUAUUUUCUUCAAUAAAGUUACUCUUCAAAUAAAAUAUUGCGUCCUAAACUUACAUAGAAGACUUAAAACGAGCUUUCUGAACAACCUAAUAUAACAAUUGCGCGCGGGACGAUGUUUGAACGUUAUUGAUCAAAGGCGAGAAGUCCACGCAAAUAUUAAUUAUUUACCAUCUUGUCACUAAAAGUAUGAAAGAUUCUUUGUAGACUUUAAUUCAAGAUUUAGAAGAUGUUUGCAGACCUUUGAUAUUUACCAAUUAGAGUACUAUUUUCUCUUUCAUGCUCCAAGUGUGGAAACAGUUAAAGAAACGAACUCGUUUUUGCACUCAGGUCUUCGAUUCCGUUCAGAUAGACUUAAUUAUUCAUUCGCGUAAACUGCUGCGUCUACAACGUGGUAAUUAAUUAAUUAAUACUCCCGUAAUCGAUAUUCUAUAGUUUAGCGACUGCUAGCAACCGGUUUUGCGAAAGCAUUACGGAACAAUGCAAUAAUGGAAAUAACUUUUUGGUUGACCGUCUAGUAAUAAUAACUGCCGUUAGUUUCUGGCCACUUGAUCGAAUGAAUUACUGUUUGAGUAAUAUACGAGCUGCAUUCGCCAAAUAAAUUAUUUGCCAAUAAACCGCGAAUAAGUCGCGAAUGUUAAAUGUAAUGCGUUUGCAGGCCGACGACGGUCGCGAUUUAUGUGACAUGCCAGUAACUAGCAUCGGUUUUAGUAUUAUCAAGAUUUUUAUAAUGCCUGCUUUACACGGGUUUAUAAUUGCGCGUGGAAAACAGGUUUUUCCGAACACUGCCAGUUUGAGGGUGUGAAUUAUUUUCGGACGUUUACGUUCGUGACAAACGUGAACGGCCUUUUAAUAUUCCACAUUCUCAAGAGAUUGUAGGUUUAUUAUUUUAUACACAUAUAUAUAUUUUUGUGCAUAUUUCAAUUUCACUUCCAUCUCUAUAAGGGGAAGCGCGAUUAUUUUUUGAAAGACUAUAUUACGCGUAGAGACAUUUAAAUAGUGAAUGAAGAAGGUAUUCACGCACCGCCAAGUUUUGCUAUCAGUAACUCUCUUGAUUGCUAAAUAAUUGAGAACGGAUAACGUCAUCAAACAAAUCGUGCAUUUUACGAAGAGUCAAAAAGUAAAGUGUAUUUAUAAUCUUCUUUUAUGAUAUGCAAAAUAUUAUAUAGCAUUUCUUUCGCACCUGUCUGCAAGUUUUCAGUCGUGACUGGAGCCAUAUUAUGUGUCACACUAUCGUUUAUAAAUUUAGGAAUACUUGAAAUUUUCUCACAUCUCACGAAAAGUUAAGUUAAGAGAAGUCUUUAAAAGUUUUUGAAAAAGUUUAUAUUAAUCGACAACAUAUUGUAAUAAAAAUUUUGUUUCUUCUCUUUCUUUUUGUAAUAUUUUUUCUAUGAUCUUUAAUUUUAUAAUAAAUGAAGUUAAAAACGUUUUGUAAAAAUAAGUUUUUACAAAAUUCGAUAAUAUUGCAAAAAAUUAUCGCAUUAAUUUGAAAAGAAAACAUUCAAUUUUUAUCUGACGAUGUUUCAUCAAAUUACGGCGACUUAAAGUAAAAUAAAAAAAUUGAAAAACUAACAAUUUUAAAUUUUAGAAACAAUAUCAAAGAAAUGAAACUAAAUAAAUAAAUUUACAGAUCUAUUUUGUUAAAAUGCACUUAUUUUAUUUUUCAACUAUAAAAUAAAUGUUUUAAUCUGUUAUUCCUCUUUAAUACAUGCAUUAUAAACAACAAUAAAUAUAAAGAUCAAUCAAAAUUCUUUGAAAUGUGAGUUAACAAUGUAAAAUGUCAUAUUAUAUAAAAUCACUUAAAUUAAAAUUUGUUACAAUAAGUUGUAUAGUAAUAAAUUCAUGAAUGGCGUUCUCAAAUAAAGAAACUUGUGACAACUCGCAUUAUCAAACAUGGUUAACUGUAAAUUUUAUCAGUGAUUCUAUAUAAACAAACCCACUUUUAAUAAAUUAAACACGAUAAUAAAUUAUAAACCUACGUGUAUAAACGGAGAAUCAGAGGAUAACGAAAUGUAUUGAAAGAACACCAGCAUCUUGGCUAAUCUUGACUUAACUGUUCGUGAGAUGCGAGGAAAUCACAAGCGCUCCCUUUAUGAACGGUAUUGCAACUUUUCUGGAAUUUCCAGAAAUCUAUGUUUAUACAAGAUUUAGCUAUCGUUAUCACUAGUUUAUAGUUAACAAGGAUAUUAGGUAACGUAGUGUGUUGAUUACGUUCUAUAAGCGACUUACACUUUAUUUCUUGAUUCACUACACAUAUAUAUUCACUAUACGUAUAUAUAGUUGCUGUUGGAUCAAAUAUUUUUGAGGGAUUUUAGAUAGAGGAGAAGUUAUGAUUCUUUAUAGACAAACAAAGACACGGUGCAUGAAUGUUACAUUUGCUUAAUGUAUGUUCAAAUAGAAUGAAAAUUUGUAGCGAAUAUCAGUGCCAAAGAUUCUCAAUAUGUUAAAAAAGGGAAAGAAUCCGUUUAAUAGGGAAGGAAAGCAAGCUUAUAUCGACUGUCUCGUCAUUGUCGCACCAAUUUUUUCCAUGAAGGCUUACUUAUCAUUGUAUUGUAAAGAUAUUGACGACGAUACUCGUUAUCUGACAUUAUUUCAAAAUUGACGAAGUAUGAAUUAAAUAAUAAUUCUCUUUGUAUUUAGCGGUUAGAAAAUUAGUUUCCUCCAGCGUAUUUUCAUUUUCAGAUAUACAUAUUUUCAGAACUUUGAAAACUACAUUCAAAACUUUUCGUAUAAUACAAUAUCUGUUUAGCGGACUUUAUUUAAGGAUUUAAAUUAGAGUUAAUUAGCCGAAUAUGAAGAGGAUAUGUUUAGCUGUAACGCUGUUCUGAUGAUCAAAUAUGUUGUACAUAUUUGAGUAAUCCAUGCAGAUUAAAAGGUCGACUUAGCGACGAACCGAAUUACAACGAUGUUGUCAUUUAUGCGAAAAAAGAAACAGGAAAAGUUAUCGAUAAUAUAAGAAAUAUAAGUUGACAAUUGAUUCAACAAAAGUGCAAGAAUAGUGAUAUACCGAAAUGAAAUCGCUGAAUAUCUUUUGCUAGGUAUUGUUAUGACAUUAUAAUUGCGAAAAGAAUUGUACAUACAUGGAUAGAGCUUUGAUUUGAUCGGAGAGAGAUGAAAUUAUUACUGUGAGAAUACUAAAAGACAAAUCAUGCUGAUUGUAGGACUUUUGCGGUCCUUUUCUUUACCAUUAUAUUUCUAUAGUCUACUUUAGAUUACUUUACCUUAAUCUUUACUUAUGUAACAAAUAUUCAUUAUAUUAAACAUUAUUAAUAAUAGGUUCUUCAUACUAAUUGACAUGUAAUUUUUAGUUUCACGAUUAUCGAGGUAUAAAUACAUUCCAUUCUGUCCAUAUGAUAGUAUAUAAUAUGUAAAGGAUCAAUAAAAAGUAUAUACUUUUUUCAGAA